AUAAGAUAGACUUGGACAGCCGCCUACCAUUCCAAAAAAAAUCAAUUCUUGCUUCCUCCAACAAAAACACGGCAAAUAAAAAAAAGUAACGGAAGAAAAAUUAUUUUGCCCUAGCGAACCAGCUCCUUUCCUCUCGUUCGCAAGAUUGUCCCGCACAGCCGCGCUCAAGUAGAAGGUGGAAGGUCUUAUUUCGGCUGCCUCUUUCCCGUUUCUCUUCUCUCGCGAGUGCACGAUCGACAAGCUGCCUUCGUCAUCCACAGCAUCGCCCGGCCAAUUCGUAUUUCGUAGGGAGACGCGGAGCGGCGGCGACCUUCCGUUGCAACUUGCAAGUUUCUGCCAUUUUAGUUAAGCCAAAGGGCGAAGGUCGGAAGUCGGAAGUCGGAAGUGUUUGACGCGCAAGGAUCUCGUUGGAACGCCGAAAGCCUGCCCUUCACCUGCAGUGGUUUAGACGAAAAGCUUUCUUAUAAUCUCGUUGGAACGCCGAAAGCCCGCCUUUCACCUUCAGCGGCUCACGGCGGCUUGCGAUGGGUCGGCGACAGUCGGCAUCCUGCAGCUACUCGCUCUCCCAACAAAUCAAACGGAUAUGGUCAUCAAGGGUUUCUUCUUUGGACGGGAGCCUGCGUCUUCUUCGCUUCCGUGGCCGUGCUUUCAGCAUUUCCAUACCAGCUAGAGUAUUCAUUCAAUUCCAAUCAUGUAAUGCUCAAAAUGCCAUGUCCACUAUGAAGAUGAGUAGGAAGGGGAGGGUGAGGCACAUUAAGGCUUUUAUCAGAUUAUGGGCAUUUAUUUCUUGCCAUGUGUGUGGAUCCAUGGUUAUGAUAACCUCCAACUUAUCCGGUAUGUCGGUCGUUAGAGAGCCUUGUUGACUAUGAUGAUGAGGAAGGAGGGUAUAAGCCAUUGAAACUUUUAUCGGAUUUCGGACAUUUAUUUCAUGCCAUAUGUGUGAAUACAUGGCUGUCGCAACAUCCAACUUUUUCGAUGUGUCGAUCGUCGGUGAUGAAUGGUGCCACGCCUAUGCCUUUAGCUAAUGAGAUUCCGCUUGAAAUUGAAUAGGCGUAGAUGUAUAUAUAUGCUACUAUUCUACUCUUUGUCUCUUUAGCCCUGUUUGAUUGGGGUGUUGUUAAUGUAUAAUUUUUCUCAAAAAUUGUUAUUUAAUUGAGCUGUUGUUGAUGCAUAAAUUUGUUUGAAAGCAGUUGUAUUGAAAUUGGAGUUUCAACAAAUGUUGUUUGAAUAUUGGAGUUUGAUCUUCUGUGUGAAACAAAAUUUCUUCCA